ACUUUCUUCCCAUCUUCUGGUGUCAGGAGAAGCCCUUGUUUGUAACACUGUGUACAAUUCUGCAAUUCUGGGUUAAGGAACAAGUGGCCCUGGGGUGGCCACCACAGAUUCACAGCCCCGCUGAAGGGAAAAUGGGACAGGAUGAGGAGGGUUCGGAUGGCCGGGGGUGAGUCAGAGGCAACCAAAGAGACAGUGGAGGAAACAGAAUAAGGUGUCAAAAGGUCACGCUUGAUAGGAUCCGGUCAGUCACAGGCAGAAGAGAAGAGAGCAAAAGGCUGCAAGAAGAAAAAAGUUUGUUUCCUCUGGGGUAUCCACCAGCUCCAGAGGGAUGCAGAAGGGUGGGGUGAGAUGGAGACACUAGGAAAAUGGGAUCCAGCUUAAAAUAGCUGAAACAAAUCCCUGGAACGGGAGGAAGGCAGAUGCUCCCUCUUCUUUUACCCUCAGAAUGAAAUUAUCAAUUGUCUGAUUUCUUUCCCCGUCGCCCUUUCCCCGUCGCCCUAACAGCGCUCUUGCCCCCAGCUGGGAUGAGGUGGGGGGUGGCACCCUCAACAGAGUUAGCCUCUUAUCUUGGCUGCUCUGAGUUCAUCCCUCCCACAUUAUUCAAAUAUGAAUCAUCUAAUUCCAGGGUUUGGCUGAUCCACGCUUCUGCCUUCUCUGGCCUCCCAGUGCUUUCCACUGCCGCCCUCACAGAUCCUAGCUCGGAAUUGCCUCUACCCCUUUCUCAGUUACCAUCUUCCAGGGGACUUGGACUUGCGGCCUGUGUCAUGGCUUUUGAAGUCAGGAGGGCAUCUUAGGAGGUCCAUGAGUCAGAGAUGCUUUUCUGGAUGACCCCCACCCCCAUACUGGGUCUGCCCACUCAGAGAGAGUGGGAGAAAAACAUAUGGUCUCUCUAGAUGGCUAACAGGUUCUUAUGAAAUGGAAACCUAUUAGUGGGGGGACCACGGGAAAUCUAGCUCAGCCCCACCUUGGUGCAGAGGGACAGUAUGCGUAUUUGAAUCUGGAGUGCACUACGGUCCCCCAGGGCCCCAGCCAGACUUCUGUACACCAGCUCCACCUGCUUCCCUGGGUUUCUGGUGGGAAGCUCUGGUGCUUUAUUUUUGCAUGGAGGGAGGUGCUGCAUUGUCUGUGCCUUCUGCCUUCUGCACCUGGAGAGCUGGCUCUGCCUGGAAACAGGCAACAGGUUACUUGUCAGGGAGUCUCAGCAGUGUCAGAUGGCAGGGGUGAUGUGCAAGGGAGGCUGCCCCUUGGGAUGCCACUGACUACCCUCUGCCAUCCCCUGACCCCCCCCCCCCCCGCUGUCAGAGGUGCCGAUGGACAAGGAGCCUCUCAGUCCCUCCACAGUAUGAGGGCACUAACAAUGGCUGCUGCGGGGGAAGGGGCCUGAGGAGAGAGGUGCAGUCAAGGAUGAGCAGGAUUUAGACUCAUCCCUCACACAGGAACCAUAUGAGGAAAGGUAAGACAUUCUGGUCCAGCCCAAUCAAUAGAUUCUCUCCUGAGACAAGGUAAAAGGGAGAGGGAGAGAGACAAAAAGCAGAUUAAAAAUGAGACAGAGCCAAGAACAAACCACAUUCAUCCUUUCCCUCCUUCCUCUUUUCUCUCCCUCCCUCCCUCUCUCCCCUCCCAUGCUCCCUCGCUCACCAUUCUACUCCCCUGUUUUGCUUUAAGGCAGGCUGAGUAAUUUCUAAUCAACACUUGGGUUCUUUUCCUCAGGCUGCAAUGGCUGCUUCCUUGUCUUUCCAUUACUGAAAUCCAGUACUUUUUCCUGCUACGGAUUUAGCCACAUGAUUUCUCAUUGUCACUGCAAUGCUACUUCCUGCAAUAGAUUGGUGGCGUUGUUGAUGUUCUGAACAAAACAAAAUGCCUACCAGCUGCUAGUUUAGCAACAGGUGCCAUCUAGCAAUGAGACUUGAAGAGGGCUCCUUCAGUCGUUGUCCCUCCCCUGGAGGCCUUUCGGAUUCAGUCUUCCCUGGCAGCAGGGGCUGUGAGAAACAGUGGCUCUACUCCGAGAGAGCCUACUCUAUGGACUAGCGAUAGGUUUUCCUAGAGACCGUUGGGUGUCUCUGUGGUGGAGUCUAGUUGUUCCCUCAGCUUUUCUGGGGGGUGGGAACCCUUUCAUUCCCUUAUCAACCCACACUGAAAGCUCAUACUCAACCCCUGUGAUUUCUAUAGGUACUGAGACUAAGGUGCCAAUGGACCCUCAGAGAAGGGCCAGCCUAGUUGGUGAUUCAAACUAGCACUCGGGGAAUCUGUCAUAAUGGCUGAUGGUUCUGUACGAGCUGCAUAGGUGCUGUGUGCCUGGAAUAGGCAAACUCUAUCCAAAACAGGGGACUCUAACCCAAACUAACCCUGAAAUGAAGUUCCUAAAGAAGUGAUGGCUGAACUGAGAAUGCAGUUUUCAUGCAGUCAGGGAGUCGCUGGCUUGUCCUACGCACUGUGCUGUAUCUUAGUAAGAAUAAGGACACUAAAACAACCACCUUCUAAUCCAGCAAGGAGCAGCCAGUAGACACUAGUUUUAGCAUUGUGCAAAAGCAGUAAGAGAAAUCUUCCCUAAGUAUUGUGAGGUGGUUCAGAAAAUCUCCUAACCCAGGGUGGAGGAGGCAGGGUGGUGUUGGGGCAUGAUUGUUACCUGGGCCACUUUGCUAUCUGAUGACCAUGUAAGGAUGGUGAUAUGAAGACUUAGGGUGUUAUCAGUCCUGGGAAAGGAAGACUUUCUUUUAGAGAUUGCUGGUACCUUAACUUCCAUUAUCCCCUUUCAUGCUCUGUACAGUGCCUAUACUCCCUCCCUUCUCUGUUCUGCCUUCUUCCACAGAAGGGACAUUGUUUACACCAGAACUUCUUUCAAUAUUUUAUCAUAGCUGUCCCCACGCACACCAUCCCCAGCCUGGGUGCUCCUUGCUGGAUUAGAAGGUGGUUGUUUUAGUAUCCUUAUCAUGGCCCACAGUUUGGACACAUGAGCAUGCGGAGUGGCUGCUCUCCAAAGGUUUGAGUAUAGUGAGCUCUGUGCUUCUAUGUGUUAGCAGGUUUUAGUCCAAGUACUCGGUGCUGGCUCUAAUGUUAGUUUUAGUAUGGGAACUUGGUGGAUGGAAAGAUCCCUAACCUGGGAGUUGAAGGUUAGGUUCAAGGACUAGGUCUUCUGUGAAGAGCUGUGUAACCCUUGGUCUUACAGUCUGCUAGGUGGGUGAUUUCUAGGGUUGCUUUUGGCUGUGAUUCUGAGUCUGAGCGUUUUCUCGACCUAGUUUUGGUGACCUGCUAAUUCACCUGGUGAAGGAAACUGAGUAAAUCUGUUUUCUUCAGUGUUUUUCAUUCUAAUUGAUGUUUAGAAUGAAACAAACAAACAAACAAACAAAAAACCAAAAAACAAAAAACCACCAGCUAGGAAAGGAGAUCUGUUGCUGAGAUUUUCAGAAGAACAAAUGAUUAGCAUUCAGCUUUUGGGACACAGGGUUGGGUGGUCAGGUUAGGUAGAACGAGUCGAAUAGUUUGAACUAGGUGGCUGAAUCCAGGCCAGCAUGGAUUCCUCCAAUUUCCAGAACCUACUUCUCCCUUCUUUGGGCAUUCAUACUUCCUAUUCUCUAGUCGGAAGCAUACAGAAAGGUAAUGGCUUUUGGUGUUGUUCUUGAUAUUUUUGUGCUGUGCUGUUUCCCUUGGUGUUGGUGGCUUUCAUAUACAUUAUCCCAUUUGAUCCUUCUGAAGUAAGGCCAUUAUUACCUACUCACACCCAAGAAGCCCAAGGCUCAGAAGAAAUAAAGGACUGAUCUGUCUAUGGGGUUUUAUUGAUUAAAAAAAUUCAUGAGAUAUGGUGUGUCAGCACUUUGGCAUAACUUGGCCGUCUCAAGCGCCGGGAUCCACGGAAACCAUUCUAUUUUGGUUAAGGUGGCACAAACUGUAGUUCUUGACUUUAGUGAAUAAACAUGAUGACUACUGUGGCGUCUUAGAGUUCAUGGAAUUCAGGGAAACAGUGCAGGGGAAAAUGAGAGAGAUCGGCUGUUGGUUUCCCCUAAAUUAAGUCCUGAGGUGUGCGUGUGGGGUAAAGUGUAUAAGGAAUACUUCAGAAAGGCAGGGGCUGUGUCCUCGGGAUAGCAUUUGGGACUAAGUGUUAGUGCUACACACCCAGGAGCCCUGAAAGAUGUAGCCAUGCUGUAUGCAUGCUUAGAAUCUCGGUGACGGAGAUAGGCUUUUGGCUCUCCGAAAAUGAAAAGAAAGCAUUUUGGAUGACUGGAGUUCUUUGUGGGCCAAGAAACAAGAAAGAGCACAGAGGAACAUGCUACUUCCUCUGUUCGCCUUCUGUGUCUGGAGCUUACAGGAUGCAGUGAUCUGCCUUAGGAGCAGAAUGGACACACUAUUGCUCCUUCUGUACCUGGCCUUUCCAUGGGGCUAAUACAGAGGAGAAGCAGGUCAUAGGCUGCAGUUUAUGUGUGCAUGUACGUGUGUGUGUGUGUGUGUGUGUGUGUGUGUGUGUGUGUGUGUGUGUGUGUGUGCCUGUGCAAGUGUUAAGGGGUAGGGUUAGCAUUAACUGACUUGGAUUUGAAUGCUAGUUUAGUAUUUUAUCUUAUUUCCUUUGACUUAGACAUACAAAGCUCACUCGCCUCACAGUGCUGGUUAAAUAAUUAAAAUUAAACCAUGUAAAAACUCCCCGAACAACGUUCAGUAGAUAGUGACAGCCCAUUACAUCUCACAAACCAAACUAGGCAUGCUCAUUAGCAAGCAGCAUCAAGAAACAAACUCCAUAGCUCACUGAGUUAAUCAUGUCCCAUGGAAGCUGCAGUUAGUUGUGGGUAACUGAGUGUUGGCUUGGUGGACUUGACUCGGUACCAGUUGUCCUUUACCAGUGUGAAGGAACAGACACUAACUGGUUAUGUGGCUCUCACAGUGGAGGGCAAGGGUUUGGGAGGAUUGGGUGGGAGUACAGAGGCAGCGUGUAGUGCCAUACCACACAAGUGCCUCUAAAUUUCUACUUGGACACGCCGUGUGACUUAUCUGCUCAUAUUACGCUGGGCAAAGGAAAUCCUGUUGUACAGUGUACGGUCUGUGGAGUUGGACCGGUAUGUGUGCCUGCAGAGUCUUCCAAUGCAAGACUGGAAAGGGAAGGAACAGUGAAAUCCAUCCGUUGGACUAAGUCAUCUAACAACUGUAAUCUUUGUCCUUACCAUGUAGCAGAAUCUUCAGAACCCUGCAGAAUGGAAUUAUUGUUAAGAAAGGCUGCAGAUGACUGAAUAGGAAAUUCUCAGGCGAGGAAAUGGGAUUCUGCUGUGUACUGUGCUGAGAGCUGGAGGCAGCUUUUAGAGACAGUGAUACUUGAGGAAGUCCUGAAGAAUAAGUAGGAGUUAGAAGGGAAGGGAGCUACGGGGAUAAAGAAUAAAGAAAUGUGCAGAGGAAACGGGCUAUGUAACGGCUGAGAACCCAGGGAGGAUGUGAUACUUUUUUUGUAAACUACAAAUAUUUAUCUGUGCUUGAAGCAUUUAGUGCUGCAGGAGCACAGAAAAGAGAAGCCCCUUUGUCCUCCAGAAGGCUAAAGGGAGUCUUGAAAAAAAGAGUCAGAGCCAGGGGCAUGCUGUGAUCAAGUGUGCAUUUCAGAAAGAACAUUCGUGCUCAAGGUGGUGAAUAGAUUAGAUGUUGGUAAGGAGCCUUGUAGGAGAAGGUAUGAUGGGACCUGUACCUAGGUGGUACAAUGAGAUAAGAGACAGACAUGGAGUUUCAAGAGAUGGCUUAGAGGUUAAGAGCACUGGCUGCUCUUCCAGAGGUCCUGAGUUCAAUUCCCAGCAACCCCACAACCUCUCACAACCAUUUAUAAUGAGAUCUGAUGCCCUCUUCUGGCAUAUGGGCAUACAUGCAGACAGAACACUGUAUACAUAAUCAAUCAAUUAUGGAAGGGCAGACUGACAGACAGACGUGGACAGACUUACAUGGUGGAAGUAGGAAUGGCUGGAUGCAGAGGUUGAAAGGGAAGGAAUGUUAAGGAUGCAUCUUGAUUUCUAGUCUGGGAUUUCUAGGAAUCCAUGGCUAUGGAUUAAUAUGAAAGGGGAAACACAUAAAGGAGGGACAUGGACAUCUCGCACUGUCUCUUUCUCCUAAUUACAUUAUAGCCUAGGCUGCUAUAAUUAAGGUAUGCUAAACCAUACUGUAUUAGUGAUUUUAUGCAGUGCUCAAUAAAAGCAACUUAGGAAGAAGAGCUUGUUCUGGCUGACACUUCAAGGCUAUAGCUCACCCGGGUCCUGGUGGUGGGAGCCUGAGACACCCAUCACACUGUGUCUGCAGUCUGAAGCACCCAUCACAUGUGUCUGCAGUCAGAAGCAGAGGGAGUUGAAUGUUUGGCUCAGUACUUUCUCCUUUUCAUGUAGUCUGGGACUCCAGCCCAUGGCAUGAUUCGGUCUACAUGGAGGUUGGUUCUUCCCACCUCAUUUAACGUCAUCUUAAUCAUUCACCCCAGAUAUGCCCAGAGUCUUACCUCCUCAUUAAGUUUUUGGUCUUAUCAAGUUGAUGAUCUUACCCAUCAUGCCUAGUGACUAAUAUAAAGUACUGUAUUUUUCUUUCUCAUUACAGUUUGGAUAUGUGGUGCUACAGCUACCAUUUUAACAUGUGGUUCCUAGCUGUAGGCUCUUCUCAUCAGGAGGAACAAGGAAAAUAGAGUUGAGGGCAAACAGCUUGCUGGCAGAGAGGUGACCUAGAAGCUGUACACCUAGUUUCUCACUGCUUAAAUGUAGUCACAGGGCCAUAGCUAGCUGCAAGAGAGUCCAGAAAAUGUGUAGAUCCUGAUGGUUUGUCUGUCCAAAUGAAAACCUGGGAUAUCCUAUUACUAAAAAGGAGGAAAUGGUUGUGUCUCCCUCUUUAGGAGAAUGAGCUUAAAUAUGUUUAUGUAACACCAAAAUAGAGAGUAAAGCUGUGUAUUUGAACCUGGAGCUCAGGAGAGAUCCAGACAGGAAACACAGACAAGUUGAUAAAGGUUGAUAGGAGAUAGGAACUUUCUUAUAUAUUCCCUUGCUUGUCUAAAUGACUGGAGUUGAUUUCUAAGGUCCCUUUGCAUUGCAGGGUAAAGAAUGACCUCUUUCAGCACUGCUUUGGUUCCACUGGACUAGCACACAAGCUAGUUAGACGUCACCCGUAACUCAGCUCGGAUCUAUGGAUGAUGAAACAAGUCAGAUAGAUAUAUCUGGUUUUUAUCUACAUGGUGGUUGCAGAAUAGGAAAACAUGGCCCGGCUGGAGACAUAGGAAUUAUGCUCAAUGAGUGGCAAGCUUUGUGUGCAACGGGCAUCAGAGCUAUUGGCUGCCAAUAAUAACUAGGCUAUGGGCCAAGCCUAUGUGGGUGUCAUUGACCACACUCCUAUCUGAAAUGGGAACAUGGUGUUGUACUUUGAGAUGGAAAACAUAUUAGGAUGCUAGCAUUAAAAAAAUGGUCUUCAAAUGGUCUAUCUGGUUACUCUAGGUGUAAUGUAGAUAAAGGAUUCAGGUACUGGGGCAACAAAGAAGAGACCUUAGUGUUAGAUUGGUCUUGUGGGCAGUGCAUUCAGAUGCUGAGUUCUAUAUGACAAGAUCAGGUUGCAGUCUAGACAUGUGUGGGAACAGGAAGCGAGGAUGGGGGUGGUGGAGAGAGGUGAUGGAGUCACACGAUGAAUCCUGGGAAUCAGACUCCCGAAACCAGCAUCGGGGUGCAUAUCUGAGUUUAUUGAGCAGUGCAUAAGCUUAUAUUCAGUGUUCAAGUCAAUCCAAGCCCCUAAAUCUUGACCAAUCAUAUUUUGCCACAGCAACAUCAUGCUCCAAUGAAAGCCCUGCUGAUGAGGUUACUCAGAAGUGUCAGGGCGGGGGCGGGGGGGCUAGGAGAAAGGGAGCCAUCUUAGACCUGAUGCCAUGUGCAGCGGAUCGGGACUCUCUGAGCAGUCUCAGGAGCCUGUGGUCCUCACUCUCCCUCACGCUCUUUUCCUUCACAAGGUUGGCCUCUACAUUCCCACAGACAUGGGCACUGUGUUGACCAAUGUGCUGUAAGGAAUGAUCCCCAACAUCUCUGAUUGGUAAGUAAAAAGUAGAGCCUGUGACAGGGCAGGGGGAGAGGAAGACGGGGCAUCGGAUCGACUAGGGGGUCUCAGGUAGGGACCACGAGGGAGAAGGAUCAAAGGAGGACACAGGUGGAACCAAGCAAAUAGGAUCUAUGGCUGAGAUAGAAUAGCUCAGAAUCUGCCCAGUUUAGACUUAAAGGUUGUUGAUAAAGAUACCAUGUUCCUGUGUUUUUUAUUUGCAAAUUUUACAGGCUAAAGUGGGUGUUGAAAUGCUCUGCAGAAACCUGGGAACAAAAGGGGGCACAGGACACCCCCCCAAUAAAUUACUACGAUACCAUGGUUCUAGCCAGUUUAAGCAUGGAAGAAAUCUUUUUUUCAAAGAGUUUGAUAAACUUGGGAAUCAAUGGGAAAUGUAGAGAACAAGGCUCAGAAAAUAGGCAGGCACUAAGGUGACAUCUACUAUUCUUACUAAAGACUUUUUUUUUUGAACCUCAGUUGAUCAAGGAGAUUGUUUCUACUUCUAAAAGAAAAUUGUCAAGCUGCAUUUUUCUUUGUCUUUAAACCUUUAACCUGUAGGUAGACAUGGGGCAAAUGCUUUGCUCCCAUCCUGAAUACUCAGGGAUGCACAGUCUUUCUUUACUUGGUUGGACCAUAGGCUAAUCCCAUAUGUGCAUACCUUCUAUUUGCUUGUCUACAUUUGGAAAGCUUGCCCACUGGCUGUCUCGAAAACGUCUUGGGAGGUUGAGACAACAUGUUUAAAGUGUGAAAACAAGUGAUAGAUUUCUUAUGUUUUAACUUGAAGGCAGGAGAAGGAAGGUUUGAAUCCACAUAUUGAAUAAAGAAUAAGGAAUUUGUCAAAUCUGCUUUGGGGACUUGUAGACUUAAGGGAUGGGUAAGCUUUAUACAAAGCUUCUAGAUGCCUGUCCCUAGAUAUUUUUGUGACCUUAGCAGCAUCUUGCUUCUCUAAAGUGGGCGGAGGGUGCUUAUAGAACUGCCUCUCAGAGAUGCUGGAGGAAUGGCUGUCAACAAGUGGGGAAAGGAACUUGCUCUGAAAAGAAAUGAAGGUGCUAAAAUAAGAACAGCCUUGCUUUAGAAACUGCUUGUGUUUCUUCCACGAGAAUAUAGUUGGUCAUAUGGAGAAUCCCUUCCCUCACAUGAGAAUUGGGGUAGGCAAAUCGGGACCCUAAUUUGCAGGCACUUGGAGAGGACUUUUCUCUAGUCUGAAAGUAAUCCAGGAGGACAGCUGCUAUUCUGAGGUCACUUCUUCAGGUUUGGGCCAGAAUGCACGCUCUGCACCGAGGCGCCCCUGCUAAGAAAGCCACUCAGACUCUCAGGCUCCUGUGUACGUCCAUUUGUUGAUUUACUCCACAUUUUCUUAGACCUCAGCUACACUCUAUGGCUUUGCUGGAUGUUGGGGAUGUAGGCUCAAGGAAAUCCUGGUAACUAACCUCAGGCACCUUAGGGUAAUACAAAUAAGCAAGUUUAGAUGAAAUGUACCAAGAUCUGGAAUUUGCCUUUUCUUUGCGUUACUAGCAUUUAAUGACGUGUUUUGAAUAGGUUUUGGCAGAGUUAAAAUAACAAAGGUCAGUGUUUUCUAGAGUUCAGAGAGCCAAAAGUAUGUGUAAGAAUAGUUGGUCUAGGAGUUGGGGAUUUAGCUCAGUGGUAGAACGCUUGCCCUGGGUUCGGUUCCCAGCUCCGAAAAAAAAAAAAAAAAGAAUAGUUGGUCUAAGAUGAUGACUCUUCUCUCUAUGGAUGAGCUACUUGUGGUCUUCGAUAGCUUACAGUGCUGCCUGUAGUCAGUGAUUAACUUUUGAAAGGAGAUCUGAUCUUUACAGGUGUGUUCUGUGCCACACACACUGCCUGUCUUAGUCAGAGUUUCUGUUCCUGCACAAACAUCAGGACCAAGAGGCAAGUUGGGGAGGAAAGGGUUUAUUCAGCUUACACUUCCACAUUGCUGUUGAUCACCAAAGGAAGUCAGGACUGGAACUCAAGCAGGUCAGGAAGCAGGAGCUGAUGCAGAGGUCAUGAAGGGAUGUAUCUUACUGUCUUGCUUCCCCUGGCUUGCUCAGCUUGCUUUCUUAUAAGAACCCAAGACUACCAGCCCAGGGACGGCACCAUCCAUAAUGGGCUGGGUCCUCCCCCCUUGACCACUAGUUGAGAAACUGCCUCACAGCUGGGUCUCAUGAAGGCAUUUCCACAAUUGAGGCUCCUUUUCUGUGAUAACUCCAGCUUGUGUCAAGUUGACACACAAAACCAGCCAAUGCACUGCCCUUCUUCCUUUCAUUUAUUUAUUUGCCUUUUUUCUGCUUCUACCUCUUUUUCUGUAAUAGCUACCUACCUUAGUUUGAAGAAUGGACCAAGUUCUUUCUGUACCACUUAAAUGAUUAAGAAAACUUCAAAACUCAUGUUCAGUAAGAUGUCCCCAGUGCCUGAGCUCAGAAUGUCAGCUCUCUGUACCAGCCAGUGCCCAUACUCAGAACAUCAGACUUCCCACUGUGGGCCAGUGCUCAAGCUCAGCAUGCCUGUCUUCCUAAUGUGUGCCAGUGACUGAUCUCAGAAUUCCUGCCUUCCCACUGUGUGCCAGUACUUGUUCCUGCAUUUGCCACACCUCUCCUCAGCGUUCCUCUCUGACUCCUUUCAGCGAUAUGUCCCUCUAGACAAUGGAUGCAAAUGUAUAGCUGGAAUGUAUAUGGGCCCAAUCAUAAAUAAGCUCUGGCUUUAAAUCUUAUUUUGUUUAUGUGUGUAUGUCUGCCAUGUGUAUGUGGUGCACCUAGGGGGAAAGACGCAGCGGGUCAUCUGGAGCUGAAGUUACAGGUGGUUGUGAGCUGCCCAGCGUGGGUGCUGGGAACCGAACUCAAGUCCUUUGGAAGAACAGCCAGUGCUCUUACCUGUUGAGCUCUCUCUCCAGACCUAUGAAUGAGGUCUUACAUCAUACCAAGGCAUUGGGAUUUGGGAAUUUUAUCCUGGAGAGAAUGAGGAAUGAAUAGCAUUUAAGGCAAGACACUGAACUGAUGGGAUGAUCACAGGUUUUUAGGAAACAUUUUUUUGGGGGUUCUUUUUUUUCGGAGCUGGGGACCGAACCCAGGGCCUUGCGCUUCCUAGGCAAAUCCCCAACCCCUGAUCACAGGUUUUUAAAAAGAAUGCUCUAGAAAAAUGUUGCGUAUCGAUUGGGCUAGAAGUGUCUGUGUGUAUGGUUACUCAGUACACAGCUCUCACAUCCAGGGGGUAACGCUAGCCAUAUAAGGUGAUGGUUAAGAACUUUGGAGCCAGUCAACCUGGGGCUCAGCACAUUUGUCACCUGCCACACUGAUAUUUUAAGCAGGUUAUGCAUAUUAUUAGAACAUCAGUUUCCCAUACGUAAACCGAGCAUGAUAAUAACCCCUAUUUCAUAUGUUUUUGAAAGAAUUCACUAAAAUGCCAUAGGAGAAAGGCUUAUCAUGUAAGGUCAUACAACAAUUAUCUGGGAAGGUGAACAAGAAACCUGGUGAUGGUGGGAACAGAGAAAAUCCAAGUGAGGGAUCAAAGGCAGUGGGCAAGUCAUCGCAGCCGAAGCAUUGGCCUGGAGUGGGUGUAUUCGUUACUUUUGCCUCACUGUGACCAGAGUUCCAAACAGGGCCAACUUAAAUGGAGGAAACAAAAAUUUAUUCCCACUUAUAGUUUCAACCCAUCAUGGAAGGGAAGGCAUGGUGGAAAUGCCUUCAUAGUGAAUACCAUCAACCUUUCAGAUUUGACUCAACUGUGCAUGAGGAGUUAUAGGAAACAUGUCCCCAUCCUUUUGAGAAGGGACUGCUGCUGGGUUGUGGGAAAAGCGAGCUGAAAUUCUGGGCAGGGCUACCAGAUUGCAAAUUAGCAUACCAAAUUGGGAACAGUUUCUGUAUGAGGCAAACACAGGAUAAAAACAAGAGAUGCUGUCACGUGGGCACAAGAAAUCUACUCUCUCAUCCUGGACAUAGGGUUAGGGCCAGAUGAGCAGUUGUAGACCCUGGAAGCUGGGUUUCUGAUGGAGUCAGAGCGGCUUUGGAAAUCAAAUGCUCCUUACCAUUGGAAACCGACAAAGUGGAGACAGAGAUUGUCAUUUUCAUUUUAAAUCUCAGUGGUCAUGGUCCUCAAAAAGUCUGGUAAAUGGACACUCAGAACUCCUGGCCAUGUCCUCUCAGCUAAUCCAGCUCUGUCCUCAGUGCAGGGUCCCAUCAUACCUGCAUCUGUGCCCAUCCAGUGCGCACGUGUACACGCAGUGCACGCAUACAUGCAUGUGCAUUCACAUAUGCCACUCUCCAUUUUGACUUCAAGGACACACUAUUGAAUUGGUGAAUGACACAUCGAGACUCCGUCACUGUGGAACUCCUGACAUAGCUCCAGCAUGCUCUUCCCUUUUCACGGCCAGCAUCUCAUGCCUGACUGUCUGCCCUUGCCUGGCUUGGGGACCACAGCACCACAGAAGUCAAGAUGCUUCUCGAUAGUUACAGCAACCACAACAGCGGUUGCCAUAAGUAUUUAGGAUGAAAUGUCAUCUAACCUUUAAACAACCCCAUAAGACUGUUACUAUUAUUAUGGUUUUACUCAUGAGAAAUCUGAAGUUCACGAGCUGAGUAACUUGCCUAAGGCCUUGUAGCUGGAUUCUAAUUUAGGACUGAUUUCCAAGUUCCAGCCUUUAACCAACCGUCGUGCUGUGGAAAGGCCAACGUUUCCGAGAGCGUAUUUCUUACUCUUUGGAGCACGAGUUUGUGUGUCUGUAAUGGAGGAAGCCGAGAGCUGACUAACCUCUAUUAAUAAUUGAUUAAGAGAGUUCAAUGGCUUCCCUCCCUCAAAUGGCUAAUCUCAUUAACAGAGAACAGAGCUGGUGACAAGAUUAUUCUCAGCAAUCAUCUGAUGAACCAAAACCCAUAUUUGACUCUUUAAAAAAAAAAGAGUAAAUAAUGUUUGAAACCUCAAGAACGCUUUUAUGUAGCACUUUCCCCCCUCGAUGAUUUUAUUUACCCUGGAGAGGCUGGGAAGUGAGAUUUUUCCCAAGCAGAGCCUCAGCGGGGCACAGGGCAGAGGGACCUAGCAUGGUCAAGUGCAUGAUAUGUCCUGGGAACACUGCCCAUGCUUCGUUCCCCAGACACAACUGUUAUUGAUUGAAUGCUUUUCACCUCUCUGAUCCACUUACGUCACCUGGAAAACUGGGACAUGAGCAAAGAUUUGAAGAAUUACAGGGCAGAAAAUUGGCGCUGUAUCGUUUAAGGAGGAACUGUAACGUAAGGCACGUUUCUACUGCAACCAUGGUUGAAGGCCUCCAGGUCACAGUGCCCGACAAGAAGAAGGUGGCCAUGCUCUUCCAGCCCACCGUGCUUCGCUGCCACUUUUCCACGUCGUCCCACCAGCCUGCUGUGGUACAAUGGAAGUUCAAAUCCUACUGCCAGGAUCGCAUGGGAGAAUCCUUGGGCAUGUCUUCUCCCAGAGCCCAAGCCCUCAGCAAGAGGAACCUGGAAUGGGACCCCUACUUGGAUUGUCUAGACAGCAGAAGGACCGUCCGAGUGGUAGCUUCCAAACAGGGCUCCACUGUUACCCUGGGGGAUUUCUACCGGGGCAGAGAGAUCACCAUAGUUCACGAUGCAGAUCUUCAGAUUGGAAAGCUCAUGUGGGGAGACAGUGGGCUCUAUUACUGUAUCAUCACCACCCCGGAUGACCUGGAAGGCAAAAAUGAGGAGUCGGUGGAACUGCUGGUGUUGGGCAGGACAGGGCUGCUUGCUGACCUCUUGCCCAGUUUUGCUGUGGAGAUUAUGCCAGAGUGGGUGUUUGUCGGCCUGGUAAUCCUGGGGAUCUUCCUGUUCUUCGUGCUGGUGGGGAUCUGCUGGUGCCAGUGCUGCCCUCACAGUUGCUGCUGCUACGUCCGCUGCCCAUGCUGCCCAGAUUCCUGCUGCUGCCCUCAGGCCUUGUAUGAAGCAGGGAAAGCAGCCAAGGCCGGGUACCCUCCCUCUGUCUCCGGUGUCCCUGGCCCCUACUCCAUUCCCUCUGUCCCUUUGGGAGGAGCCCCCUCUUCUGGCAUGCUGACGGACAAGCCUCAUCCACCUCCCUUGGCACCAAGUGAUUCCACUGGAGGAAGCCACAGUGUUCGCAAAGGUUACCGGAUCCAAGCUGACAAAGAGAGAGACUCCAUGAAGGUCCUGUACUAUGUCGAGAAGGAGCUGGCUCAGUUUGAUCCAGCCAGGAGGAUGAGAGGGAGAUAUAACAACACCAUCUCAGAACUCAGCUCCCUGCAUGACGAUGACAGCAAUUUCCGCCAGUCUUACCACCAGAUGCGGAAUAAGCAGUUCCCCAUGUCUGGGGACGUGGAGAGCAAUCCUGACUAUUGGUCAGGUGUCAUGGGAGGCAACAGUGGGACCAACAGAGGGCCAGCCCUGGAGUAUAACAAAGAGGACCGUGAGAGCUUCAGGCACAGCCAGCCGCGCUCCAAAUCCGAGAUGCUGUCGCGGAAGAACUUUGCCACUGGCGUGCCGGCCGUGUCUAUGGACGAGCUGGCGGCCUUUGCAGACUCCUAUGGCCAGCGGUCGCGGCGUGCCAACGGCAACAGCCACGAGGCCCGAGCGGGGAGCCGCUUCGAGCGCUCGGAGUCGCGGGCCCACGGUGCCUUCUACCAGGACGGCUCGCUAGACGAGUACUACGGACGCGGGCGCAGUCGCGAGCCGCCAGGAGACGGGGAGCGUGGCUGGACCUACAGCCCCGCUCCCGCACGCCGCCGGCCGCCGGACGAUGCGGCUCUGCCGCGCCUGGUGAGCCGGACCCCGGGCACCGCGCCCAAGUACGAUCACUCGUACCUGAGCAGCGUGCUGGAGCGCCAGGCGCGGCCUGAGAGCAACAGCCGCGGGGGCAGCCUGGAGACGCCAUCCAAGCUGGGCGCACAGCUUGGCCCGCGCAGCGCAUCCUACUACGCCUGGUCGCCGCCAGCCACCUACAAGGCUGGGGCCAGUGAGGGCGAAGACGAGGACGACGCUGCCGACGAGGACGCGCUACCACCCUACAGCGAACUGGAGCUGAGCCGCGGGGAACUGAGCCGGGGCCCGUCCUACCGCGGGCGUGACCUGUCCUUCCACAGCAACUCGGAGAAGAGGAGGAAAAAGGAGCCCGCCAAGAAAACUGGCGACUUUCCAACCAGGAUGUCCCUUGUAGUCUGAUACCUUUAAGACACCUCUCUGGAUUACUGGAAAUCAGAUGCAGACAAUGGAGACAAGACACAAAUCUGAAAGCCGGCAAGCCUAGAACCUUUUCUGGCCAGCAACCAUCUUGGAAGCUUUGCGGAUCUCUGAUUUGCCAAGGGACUCCCCUUUAAGGAGGCUGAUUUCAAAUCUUAGUGCCCAUCUGUCUUGAACAACUUUCAAGAAAACGAUGUGAGAGAACGUAUCACCUAAUAACACACCACGUUUGUCUUGCCCCACCCCCACUUCCUGAGCAGAAACAAGACUCUGUCCAGUUCUGAAGCAGGUAGCUUUGGACCCCUGGUCUCUAGAAAUUACCCAUGCCUGCAGUAUGUUUUUCUAUGAGUGCUAUUCUGUGCUUAGAGACAGAGGAAUUUAUUAUUACUGUUAGAAGACCUUCUGCUCACAAGAGAGAUAACGUCAAGGUAAAAUGUACCUUGGAUCCCCAUCGCUUCCAGUCACUGGUCAAUGAGUCUUGUUAUGCUAAAAUCAGAAGGCCUUUAGUGAGCUUAGCGGCAGUGACCUCCCGGGCAAUCACAGAAAUGGCUUCAAUUUGCUGCUCUGACUCACAACUCUAAGUGGCUGGGACCGGCAGAGGAUAGCAUUUUGAAACACUGUCUUAAGUGGUCUUUUUUUUUCCAUCCGGAGGACACAAACUGCUUUUCAUCUUUUUGUUGCACAGUGACACGCGAGCCUUGAACUCCUAAGGCUCCCCGCUCCCUGGUCUCUCUCCUCCUUCCCUCUCCUGGUCUUUUCAGGGCUGGUGCCUCUGAGAGUGUUUCACUCCACACUUCAGUAUGAAUAGCUUGACAUCAGGUGCCUUUGACAGGUGUUUGAAACACACAUUUGAGAGAGGAGGAAAGCAGACGUCGGUGAUGCAAGAUGAAGAAGGGGAAAGGACCUGAGAGGGAAAGGACGUGUAGUCUCAUUUUCUUUCAGAUGUGGGCUGUUUUCCCACAAACACACUCAGAUUUUUUUUUUUUUUUGGAUUUGUACUUCAUUUAACAGUUAUUUCUACCAUCUUGUUUCUGCUGCUGCUGGAUACCAGGGAUGUGGUGUCCACAUCUUUUGGCCUCAUUGGCCUGCCACUAUAGUGCUUUGGGGAAGAGAAAGAUACCACUUCCUCAGCAAGAAGCACUUCCUCUUCCUACCCUUGCCGAAAGGAAAAAAAAAUGGUUUUGCCUGAAUCCCAAAUUGGACUUUUGUAGGUAAACUGAGAAAAUGGCCACAAAUGCUUCCCCUCUCAUUUUCCUGUGAAGGGGUUUGUCCUCUCACUACCACAGACCCUACCAAAUGCACCUAAACUCUCCUACAUGGUGAGAGACAAGCCUGGUCACCACGGCCAUUAUCUGGGCCCAUCUUAACAGACAUGGGAGAAAAUCUAGCCACGACCAACAAAAGAACUGCCUAGCUGAGCCGAGCCCAAACUGGGGAUUCCUACUUGAGAGGAGACGUUUGGUAUCCCCACGUGUUCAUUUAUCAAGGAUGAACCUCUCAUCAGAAUAUUUGGCUCUGAUUGGUCACUCACCCAACCUUGGGUGUCACACAACCUUCGAUUUUGUUAACAGACGUUUCAAUCUGCGUCAUGGUGGUGAGACUCGUGACUGGGUGAAGUAUCUGGAGCAAGGUGAUGCUUGCUUCCCUAAUCCAGUGGUGGUCAAUUCUCUACUUAUUGAUCUAUGUGUAGCCUCUGAAGAAGGUUGGUCAGCAUUUCCUCUGACUUUUUCCCCGGCCACCUGACUGGAAUUCCAGAGUCCAUUCUGUUAGCAUCCAUUGUACUUCAUGAGAUUUUUUUUCAGAAAAAGUCCUCUAUGUGUGAUGUAAGGAGCUGCUGGGCGAGGGUUGGAGGGGUAGAAUCAUUGCCUGGAGGAGAACUGGCCUGCCAAAGGACUUCAUGGUUGCUUUGGCUUGCCCUAGAUGGAUCAGGAGGAUACUUCAGCCCAAUGCUGGCACUUCCAAGGGCUGGAAGACAAAAGCCAUAACUCUGGUGCUGAGUUUUAGACUUAGUUUAGCUAGUGUCCCUGGCUUCAGAAAACCUAGGUCUGAUCCAUCUGUUUGGGCUCUAAAUCCACAUGGCAAAGACAUCAUUCCUUAAUCACCAGCCUUUGAUUUCAACUUGCUCAGGCACUCUUGAAGAAUGUUGGAUAGCCGCAGUAGCUAUUGUUAUACUGAGCACUGUGUCAGGCUUCUUACCACCAAAGAGCCCCGUCGCACAGGCCACAGAGACCAAAUACAUUGCUUUGUAGAGCCAGGGGCAAGUAUGAGCUUAGUGAAAGCUGAGGGGAGCAAUAAAUUUAAAAAAAAAGUUAAAAUUGGAAACACAAGUUCUAAAGACAACAAGUCUAUAGGCUGGCAUUUUUUUUUAAGUUCAAUGUAUAGAAGAUAACAGGCUUUCAAAAUAACUGGGGGAAAGUGGAACACAGAUUGUUCUUUGUAGGGCUGCAUGAAUCGCAUGGGCUUCCAGACCUCCAGUAGAGAGGAGGAGCAGUGGGUUCUGGGUACGUGGGUAGGAGAAGAUGCUAAACAGACAAGGCUAAGCUGGAUGCUCUCCGUGCCCUCGACGUUUCUUUACACACCCCUUUGUUUCUUCUCCAAAUACUGUGUCCCGCACAGGAAGUGCCUAUACGUAUUAUUUCCUUUCCUGUUUUCCUAGGGCAUAAAGAAAAGUCUCAUAUAAGAGGUGAUCUCCAUCCACUGAUUCCCUACAAUUUAAGAAGGAAGAUAAGUCAUGCCCAAGAAAGAAUGAGUAUAUUUUAUGCAUAUGAAAAGAAAUAGUGCUAUGGAUAAAUUAUAAUAAACUCAGAGAUUUAAAAUUUUUUAAAAAAAACUUAAAUGGGAAUAUUUUGAUAUUUAACUGUUGUGUGUUUGUCCAUCCAUCCCAGUUUUAGGACAUGCUCAGCGAUCUGCAAAGGCAGGCUGUAGAAGUCUGAGCUGAGAAGUGGUGAGGGGAACAGAGAGAGAUGAGUGGCAGGGGUGGGGAGGGGGCAGAGGCCUGCUUCAGGAGCUUCUGUCUCUGCCUGUGACUCACAGCUGAGUCAGGGACAAGCUGGAGAGGGAGCGUGGAAGCGGGUGGCGGGAGGGGUCCCCUGGUGCUCAGAGCUCUUCUCUAGGACGUGUAUAGACUCAUUAGGAGACUCAGACAGUGUUCAGUUCUUUCAUCCAAGCAAGCCCAGGGGAGCUCAGGAUGGAGUCCUCCAGGCACUUGUAUCUACAGCUUGGGGUGCAGCAGCACCUCACAUGGGUAGGGAACCCCAUCUCUUCUCACGAUCCUCACUCUGCACACGGUGUAGGCCUGUGUGAGGGUGAGGGGAGGCUGGCGCUACAUAUCAAAAUCUGGUUAGAUCCAAGGCAGCCUUUGAGAGGAGUGGAGUAGCAGAUACUGCAUUGGUUCAUCCACUCUCCAUCCCUUUAAAAAUAGAUGGAGAAACCAUUAUCCCUGUUUGCAGAGUCCCAAACCUGUCAGAUCUUUACAUUCCCCGUCUAUAGGCUUUUCCUGUUGGAUCUGUGUUUUACAAAACUGCCUGGCCAUAGGAACUAUUUGCUUAGGGCCUGGAGAAAGAUGGCUCAGCAGUCAGAAACACUUAACUGCUUUAGCAGGGGACCUGAGUUUGGUUUCCGGUAACCUCACAAUGCUCACAGCUGUCGCUAACUCCAAUCCCAGGGACCCACUGAUCUUGUAGAGCAUCUGGGAGCACGAAUCUCACAUGUAUAUGCCAUAAAAACCACUCAGACACACAAAAUAAAAAUAAAUAUGUUGUUAAAACCCGAAACUGAAAGGAUCUAGAGAGAUGACUCUGUGAUUGCAGGUGCUGGCUACUGUACCUGAGAAGCCACACUCAUUUUCCAGCACAUGGAGCCUCCCCGCUCCAGUUGUAGGGGAUCUGAUACCCUCUUCUGGCCUCUGCAGGUACUGCACACAUGUGGACAGACACGCAGGAAGGCAAAAUACACACAUAAAAAAGGAAAAAACAUUUGAAAAAACACUUGGUAAAAUAAUCGCAUGUGGGACUGGGGAUGCCACUCAGUUGGUAGAGCGCUUGAUUCGAGUGCACAAAGCCCUGGUUCAAUCCCCAGCACUAUAAACCAGGGGCCGUGGCACGUGCACGUCAUCCCAACAUUUGGGAGGUAAAGGCAGGAGAGUUAGAAGUGCAAGGUUACUUUUGGCUGCAUAGUGAGUUCAAGGCCAGCCUGGGCUGUAUGAUUAUUUUAAGAACCAAACAGUAAAAACAAUUUUUAAAAAACACAAGGAUUACUGUCUGCCUGUCAAAGAUGCUGUUGAGCUGUGCCUUGGAGAAUGGGUGGGUGGAUCUGGAGUAAAGAUUUGUACUCUGAACAUAUGCAGAGAGCCUUGUGGUAGAUGUGUUUGGGUGGUGUUACACUGGAUCGUACCUCUGGUGCACCCCUAUCUGCUGGCCAGGAGUAUUGUUCGUGUCUGUAUUGGUCAGGAUUAUUUUAUUCCAAUGUCAUGGUGAGGUCCCUCUAACUCCCUUGGGGCUGGCACUGGUGCAGCACCAGCUAUGACACUGGAGACUGGCUCAUCAGAGUCCAGCAGAAAGGAGACAUUUAAAGGGAGAGGGUUGGAAGCCCUCCCCCAGGAGACUCCUUGAGAUGUUCCAACUCCCAGAAUAGUGAUGUGUUGUGACAGGCUGAGAUCAGACAACAGGAAUUACAGGUAAUUUUCUUAUUCCCUUGCCAUCCCGAAUAAAACUUAGCUCGUGAAUAGAAAGAAAGCCAUUGGGGAAAAUGGCAAACGUAAAUCAUUUCUAAAGGGUACAAAUGAACGGCUUUGCUAAUAGCAUAACUUUUAUGUUAGGAGCAAUAGUGGGUGGAGGAAAAAUAGUAAAAUAUACCCCUUCCAAAAUUGAUUUAGUUGUGGCCAGAAUCUUAUGGGAAUUUAGAAGUGAUGUAUACAGGGUAAGGAUUAUCCCUGGAGAUUCUAAGGUCUAAGAAGCAAAAUGGUGCCUAGCAUUCCCUGCCAGGACCCUACCUCCUCGGCACUUGGGGCAACCAGUGAAGCUCAAAGGCGAGUAAGAGGCUAAGUUGCUUGAAGCCUGAGGUUGGCAGUGAUGGGGCAUAUUUGUUCUUUGCAGCAACCCGUGUGUUUUCCCACCUUACACAAUGUGGAGCUGAGGUUAAAUAUGCCAAGUGACCACUUAUUGCCAAAUAGCGUUUAGUCUUUAAAUGGCCUUCUGACUGUCUAGGGUUCUUCCCAAUUCCUGCAGUCAUCACAGGCCCAGACCGCCACUUAUUCUCUUCACAACCAGGUGGAGAGUGGGGAGAGCCCCGAGUCGAUAUUCACUCACAGGUCAUCAUCGAGGAGAAGCUACGAAGAUGGGUAUUGGCCACUUCAUCUAUCCACGUGAGUUCCUUGAAGUCUACUCUGACAGGGAGGGGCCUUUGCUGGGAGGAUCUCCAUCCUCAGCACCAAGUGGUGAGGGAGAAAGGCUUUGACUAACGUGCUGCCACUCUCUGCAUUCUUCUCAAAAAGGAAUUUCUAAGCCAAGCUACAAAUGCAGCCAGGCUCGGAAUUCCACAGUUGAGGGCAGGGGCUGUCGUCCUCACUACAUUUUGAGAAACAUUCUUAUUUUUUUUAGGUAAAACUGGGGAUCCAGAUCUAGAGGGGGAUAAAGAAGACAAGAAGGAUAAAGUUGUGGCAGUUGAGCUAAAAAGCCAUGUUUGAGUUUUCUGUGGGGCUGAGUGGACAGGAGUAAAUGUGGUCUGACUCCUUCUAUCUAGAAGGUUGGGAGACACCCAUAGCUUCUCUCUUGCCAUGUUUAUUAAUAAAGAUGUUAGACACUUCUCCGUGAGAUAUUUCCUUGUGAAAGUAAAGACCACAACAUCAAAACAUUGGGUUGCAAAGUUGCCUACUUCACGAGAGUCACCUGCCCCGUCGUUUUUGUGCCUUGUCUGUGACGUCAAAACGCAAAUGUUUAUAUCACUGUCACUCAUGAUUAUUUUCCUAUGUCGGACAAACAAAGUGCAUUUGGUUGUAAUGUUUUAAAGUAAAUAAAGCAUUUCAUCUAA